GCCUGCCGGAGCCGCCGCCCGCGCUCCUCCCCGAGGAAAGGAUUUUUAUUUCAAAGAAAGGAAGGAAGGACAACUCCCAGCUUCCCUCUCCCGCCGCCCCCCCACCCUGCCCCGGCAGUCGGACCGGGCCAUGCCCAGGAAGGCGGCGGCGGCGGCAGCAGCAGCAGCCCAGCGGAAGGGACUUUCCUGGCACUCCCGCGACGAGGAGCGCAGUCUGUGAGUUUGCUCUGCCCCGGUUCAUGGUUCCUGCAAGCCCUCCAAGAGGCCGAAAGCUGCAGCCCCUCACCGCGCCCCGAAGAGCCUCUUGCGUUCUGUGGCCCCCGGGCCCGCUCCGCGCCGCCGGGGCUCCGGCCGCCGCAGCCCAGUGCCCUCUGCCCGCGGCGGUGGAUGGCAUGAUGGUGCGGGGAAGGCACCGCGGCCUUGGCCAGCUGAGUCGCGACGGCCGCGGGGGCGGCGGCAUCGGCAGCGGCGGUGGUAGCGGGCUCCCCAGCGGCAUGCCAGUGCCCCCCGGGCGCGAUGGCUAGCGGCAGCGCUGGGAAGCCCAGUAUCGAGGCGGCUUCUCCGGCUCCAGCGAGCGCCGUCGGCGGGGCCUCGUCGCAGCCGCGGAAGAGGCUGGUGUCCGUCUGUGACCACUGCAAAGGCAAGAUGCAGCUGGUGGCCGACCUGCUGCUGCUGUCGAGCGAGGCACGGCCCGUGCUCUUCGAGGGCCCCGCCUCCUCUUGCGCCGGCGCCGAGUCCUUUGAGCAGUGCCGGGACACCAUCAUCGCGCGCACCAAGGGGCUCUCCAUCCUCACCCACGACGUGCAGAGCCAGCUCAACAUGGGCCGCUUCGGGGAAGCAGGGGACAGCCUGGUGGAGCUGGGAGACCUGGUGGUUUCCCUGACCGAGUGCUCCGCCCACGCGGCCUAUCUGGCGGCCGUGGCCACGCCAGGCGCGCAGCCUGCGCAGCCCGGCCUGGUGGACCGCUACCGCGUGACGCGCUGCCGCCACGAGGUGGAGCAGGGCUGCGCCGUGCUGCGCGCCACCCCGCUGGCCGACAUGACCCCGCAGCUGCUGCUUGAGGUGUCGCAGGGCCUGUCGCGCAACCUCAAGUUCCUGACGGACGCGUGCGCCCUGGCUAGCGACAAGUCCCGGGACCGCUUCUCGCGUGAGCAGUUCAAGCUGGGCGUCAAGUGCAUGAGCACCAGCGCGUCGGCGCUGCUGGCCUGCGUGCGCGAGGUGAAGGCGGCGCCCAGCGAGCUGGCGCGGAGCCGCUGCGCACUCUUCAGCGGGCCAUUGGUGCAGGCAGUUGGCGCCCUGGUGGGCUUCGCCACCGAGCCGCAGUUCCUGGGUCGCGCGGCGGCCGUGAGCGCCGAGGGCAAGGCGGUACAGACCGCCAUCCUGGGAGGCGCCAUGAGCGUGGUGUCGGCCUGCGUGCUCCUGACCCAGUGCCUCAGGGAUCUGGCGCAGCACCCCGACGGGGGCGCCAAGAUGUCGGACCACAGGGAGAGGCUGAGGAACUCGGCCUGCGCCGUGUCUGAAGGCUGCACCCUGCUAUCUCAGGCUUUAAGGGAGAGGUCUUCGCCCAGGACUUUACCGCCAGUGAAUUCCAAUUCUGUGAAUUAGCACUCCCCUCCCCCCAUCCUCACCCUCAUCCCCUCCCUGUUCCAUCCCCCCAGCCCACUCCCAGGCUAAAGGAAGAUAACAUAUUCUCCGCCCUUUUCCAUUUAUACCAAAGAAAUCAACGGUGAAGCUUCCCCCCUACCCCCCGCCCCGUUAAAUGCUCGUGAGGAAUCUUCCAGAAGGCAGGGCCAUGCAUACAUGCCACUUAUGCACGCACUCUGAGGGCCCCCGUGCCCCACCAGCCCAAGCACAGUAGGGACCAGCAGGUGGAAGAUGUGACAUCUGUUGGUUGCGGUGUUAACCCCCGCCCCCUACCCCAGCUCCCCUUCCGGGACUCCUCAACUAAAUUUUAUUAUUAAUUGGGCAGGAAGGAGGUCAUGGGUUCAUUUCUUUUUUGGUCUUUUAUUUUCUUCCCUAAUUAAAAGAAAGGUUACCUCAGUUUUCACUCCUUAGACAUGGAUGUAGCUACCUUUUGUUUGUAUGUUGUUAUUUUUUUAAGCAGUCGUGAUGGAUUAGGCGUAUACUUGGUGUGGAAAGAGUAUGACUUUGCCAUGUGAUUUGCAAAUGGGGGGAGAAAGCUACUGUGAGUGUGUGUUUUAUUUUUUAAUUUACACUAUAGAGUGAUCCCCCCCCCAUGUCAAGUUUUUACCUUGCAUGUA